UAUCGUAUAGUAGAAACGGCGACGUGCGUAUUCGUCUUCAAGUUUGACUGGUUUAUCGGAAAACCGAGGCUGGUUUGUGCGACGGUGACGGCAAAUCCAGUUGAGUUUCUUCAUUUUCAUCUGGACAUGUCAAGGUUUCGAUCAUUGUUGCAAGCCUCAGUAAAUGCGACAAAGAAGGCUCUUACGUGGAACGUUGAAGAAUGGGUACCACCUGCAGAGAAGCAUAUAUUUAAGUUUCACUCUAAAGAAGACUUAAAGAAAUGGCAUCUCUAUUCUGAUUCUGAAUAUGGAGGAUUAUCUUCUGCUUCCUUGGAGAUCCCAGACAAAGGAGAUGGAUCAGAUUACGCUGGAAUUUUCUCGGGGAACCUAUCUGUAGAACUUAGCGAAGGAUCAAAAUGGAACAUCAGUCGGAGUGGUUUCUGUGGAAUGCGCUCAAAGAAGUUUGACGGCUUCAUUGAUCUCGAUGGGUAUGAUGCAAUAGCCCUGAGGCUCAGAGGAGAUGGAAGAUGUUAUAUCUCUACUAUCUAUACUGAAAACUGGGUGAACUCACCGGGGCAAGCAGAAGAUAACUCAUGGCAAGCGUUUGUUUUUGCUCCAAAGAACGAUUGGUAUAUUGCUAAGAUCCCACUAGCUCGAUACUUGCCAACAUGGAGAGGAAAUGUUAUAGAUGUGGAAAUGGAGAUGAAUCCAGGUCGUGUUCUGGGAAUGUCACUGUCGGUAAACGCAGAAGGUGGUGCGGUUGGAGCAAAAUCAGGAGCAGGUGACUUCCGAGUUGAAAUAGACUGGAUCAAAGCCUUGAGAUUGCCAUGAAUGUUGAACAUUAUAGCAAUGCAUGGUGUUUUUAUUGUUUCUUGGUUUUAGCUUGUAAAAAGAUACUUGAUGGCCAGAGAGCAUUGUUGUGUAGCGGCAAAGUUUGUUACAAUUUGGAGCCAUGUUUUUACAAUGACAUAGAAUAAAGAUUGACUAAAAUCAAAGAUAUGAUUUACCUUAUGUUUA